CGCGGGGCGGGGGGUGCCCUCGGCGGCGCGGGGCCGCGGCGGGGGACGGCCGGUGCAGCAUGACAGCGGCAGGAGGCUGUGAGGGCUGCUGAAGAUGUCCGAUAGCCUGGAUAUUGAAGAGAAACCUCCAGCGCCGCCGUUGAGAAUGAACAGCAACAACCGCGAUUCCUCAGCGCUCAACCACAGCUCCAAGCCGCUCCCCAUGGCCCCCGAGGAGAAGAACAAGAAGGCCAGGCUUCGCUCCAUCUUCCCAGGAGGAGGGGAUAAAACCAACAAGAAGAAAGAGAAAGAACGUCCCGAGAUCUCUCUUCCUUCAGACUUUGAACAUACCAUUCAUGUGGGAUUUGAUGCUGUCACUGGAGAAUUCACAGGCAUUCCAGAGCAGUGGGCCAGGCUACUACAGACCUCCAACAUCACCAAACUGGAGCAGAAGAAGAACCCACAAGCUGUUCUAGAUGUUCUCAAAUUUUAUGAUUCCAAAGAAACAGUAAACAACCAGAAAUACAUGAGCUUUACAUCAGGAGAUAAAAGUGCCCAUGGAUACAUAGAAGCCCAUCCUUCGAGCACAAAAACAGCAUCAGAACCCCCACUAGCUCCCUCUGUCUCUGAAGAAGAGGAUGAAGAUGAUGAUGAGGAGGAAGAUGACAAUGAACCUCCACCUGUUAUCGCACCACGGCCUGAACAUACAAAAUCAAUCUACACGCGCUCCGUGAUCGAACCUGCCGCUGCGCCAGCACCAGCUAAAGAAGCCACCACUCCCCAACCUGAAAACUCCAACAGCAACACUUUGUACAGAAACACCGAUCGGCAGAGGAAAAAAUCCAAGAUGACAGAUGAGGAGAUCCUGGAGAAACUGAGGAGCAUUGUGAGCGUGGGUGAUCCCAAGAAGAAAUACACUCGAUUUGAAAAAAUCGGCCAAGGGGCAUCAGGAACUGUUUAUACAGCGAUCGAUAUCGCCACAGGACAAGAGGUGGCCAUAAAGCAAAUGAAUCUCCAGCAACAGCCCAAAAAGGAACUAAUUAUUAAUGAAAUCCUGGUCAUGAGGGAAAAUAAGAACCCAAACAUUGUGAACUACUUAGACAGCUACCUAGUGGGUGACGAGCUCUGGGUGGUUAUGGAGUACUUGGCUGGAGGCUCGUUAACCGACGUGGUCACAGAGACGUGCAUGGAUGAAGGGCAGAUAGCGGCUGUCUGUAGGGAGUGCCUGCAAGCACUGGAUUUCCUUCAUUCGAACCAAGUGAUUCACAGAGACAUCAAAAGUGACAAUAUUCUCCUUGGAAUGGAUGGAUCUGUCAAAUUGACUGAUUUUGGCUUCUGUGCUCAGAUCACCCCUGAGCAGAGUAAACGGAGCACAAUGGUUGGGACUCCUUACUGGAUGGCACCAGAAGUGGUGACAAGGAAAGCAUACGGCCCCAAAGUGGACAUCUGGUCACUUGGGAUCAUGGCAAUAGAAAUGGUGGAAGGAGAACCUCCUUACCUUAACGAAAAUCCUCUCAGGGCGCUGUAUCUGAUAGCGACGAACGGGACGCCGGAGCUGCAGAACCCCGAGCGACUCUCCGCCGUGUUCCGUGACUUUCUGAACUGCUGCCUGGAGAUGGACGUGGACAGGAGAGGCUCUGCCAAGGAACUUCUGCAGCAUCCAUUUUUAAAACUAGCCAAGCCUCUGUCCAGCCUGACUCCCCUCAUCAUUGCAGCAAAGGAAGCGAUUAAGAACAGCAGCCGCUAGCGCUUCGGGCCGGCUGCCGCCCGCGCCAGCUCGGAGCAGGACUGAGAACACAGACUCUGUCAAACCUCAACUCUCGUGCUGCAGGACAGGAGGGCAGAUGAGCAACCCAACGGUCACAGUCGUGGUGGUAGGAGGGAGAACAACCCCAUCCCUCAUUUGUCUUCUUCCUGCUUUCUGGCUCCUUAAUUUAUUUUUAAGAUGAAGCAGGGCAUAAGACAGAGAGGUGCCGACCGACAAUGCUUUGCUGCCUCAACCAUUUCCAAGGUGAAGCAAAUUCAGUUGGAAGAUUCCCUUCCUUCUCACCCUGUGAAUAAGCUGUACAUUCACUUUUAAAUCGUCAGUUGUUUCUUAAAGAUGGAAAGUCCCUUUUAUGAUUUUUCUGGGGUAUGGGUUGGGAUCGGAGAAGGGUCUUCAUUCAUAAUUCCAGACUGCACUGCCUUGUGAAUCCAGCCCACUCGCUGGUGUUUGCUCUCUCACACUACUUCUGCUUGAGAAGGGAAGUGAAAAUUGCUUUUCCAACCAACACUGAGUCGAGAGUGGGGCAGGCCACACACCCCGGGAGAUGCAGGCUGCCGGCUGGGAAGGCACAGUGUUUUGGCUGGGAAGGCACAGUGUUUUGGCUGGGAAGGUGCAGUGUUUCGGCUGGGAAGGUACAGUGUUUCGGUCCUCAACAGUUUGAUUCGUAUAGUUAAUUGUAAUCUGUUUGCCUGGAUGAGAGAAGGAUCAGUGAGUGUGCUGAGAAAGGGCUCUUCUGAUGCAAAGCUGGGAGAGAAUCGUGAGGUGAGAGCAGGCUCAAGGAGAGCUGAGUCCACAAGGACCCCGUGCAGAGCACAGAGCAUCCCCGGCAGCCGCAGCCCCAGGUUGUUUGUAGCACAAGCAGCACAGAGCAGUGCUGGGACCCGACUGGCCACCCCUGCCAGAGCCAAACUGCAAAUGAGUGUGUGCAGGGGGGCAAACAGCAGAGUGGUGGUGUCUGGUCUGAGCAUGGCUGCUUUCCUGGUCAGCCUGGAGCUCCUGGGAGAGAUGGGUAGUGCCUGUGCUGCCCACGCACAGGUCAGGCUCCUUCAGGCAGACAAGAGCCACAGCUGAGCUCUGGGUGAGCCUGGGCAGGAAGCACAUUGCAGCUGGAGCUGCGCUGAGUGAGAGCGUGUGAAAUGCAGAGUGGGCUGCAGGCACCUCCUGAGGCACCAGGCAUCCUGCUGUCCUGUGUCCAGCCAGCACUGCCCAGUGCCGCUGGGAGAGGGGGAAUCCUGGGUGUGACUGAGGAUUGCGCUUGCCUAGUCAGCUGCAGCUGCUCUGGGAGGGAGCAGAGCAGUUUUCAGUGUGCAGUUUGUGGUUUAUUUAUUCGUUUCUGAAAGAAAGACGCAGUGUGGCUUUGCUCAGAAACAGCAUUUGCAUGGGGUAUGUGAGGCUGUGUGUUAGUAGUACAACCAAGCAGAGACCUUCACAACCAGCAAUCGAAGCAACAGCCCCCCAGCGAGGAAAAAGAACAAAGCAAAAGAGUAAAGCAGCUUCCUGCUGUUGAUCUUCAUGUUCAGGCCUGGUCCUGCCAAGGGCUAAGGAGCCCCCGAGGUACUGUCCUCCUUCAUGUUUUGCCAGUAGGAACGGAGGGUGCUUGGGCUGUUUCUGAAUUGAGCCAUUGUCUUGUUUGGCUUUGGUUUGUCCCUUAGUCCCAGCCUUUGUGUUGCAGUUGUCAGGUCGCUGCCCUGCCCAUGCUCGUGCUGCGUGGCCCGGCUGAGCCGCGGUCCCAGCCAAGCGUGGAUGGGCCUCUCCUGGGUUCCCGGGCAGCACAACAGGUCUCAAAACCCAGUAACGUGCUCUGGUGUCCUGUGCCAAGGGAACGUCCAGGGAAGCCAGGAGUCCUGCUGGGAGCCACAGCAGCUGAGGGCACCUGGGCUAGGCCAGAAGCUGUGGCAGCCACUGUCUCUGUCACUGCCCUCCCCAGGUACCCCCACGUCAGAGGGAUGGGGCUCUGCAAGCACGACCCAACGAGGAUGAUGGUUCAUCUCGCAUGGAGGCGUUGCUGAGAUGAAGUUGGCCUAUGCCCCACGUCAGAACUGCUUCCGUAAAGGAGGAAAGGUGGGUCACCAUCGCAGAAGACUCUCCCCCGAGGGGAAGAGAAGGCCCAAAAGCAGGACCCCCUACAGGAGCCACUUCUUAGGGGAGUCUGCUGCCCCCCUGGGGCCUGGGUUAGAGAUGGGAAGAGAAAGCUCCUGCCCUGGGACAGCCCUCAGCUACUGUCCAUCAGUGAUUUUUCAGGUAGGCAGCCAUGGAGAUACAGCAAGACAUCUGAGGGCAGUCGAGACACUUCAGGGUCUGGGGAGGACUGGUUAAGGGAUCGGGAGCAUCAGCAGCGUUCUCCUCUGCCCUUGCACUUGCAGGGAAGGGCGAGGAAAGGCUCGGGAAGAGGCAGAGGCAGUGGGCAGCCCUGCAUAUUAGGGAGUGUUUUGACUGUCUAGAGCUUAAUGAGGGUGGAGUGUUUUUGGGUAAGAAUCAGGAGAAUAAAGCAAGUUCAUGACCUUUGGAAGAAAAGGGAACACAACUCAAGGGCUACAAGGAUGAGGUUAUGCAGAGAGGAAAUCAGGCCAAAGCCCAACUAUUUCUGUACGUCCCUUUGCAGCAAAUGGAAGGGUCAGGAAAUCUCCAUCCUUCACUGGAUGUGGGGGAGAAAGCACUGGGGAGGCUGCAGCUCCAGAGCUGUGUUCAGUGUUGGGCGCCUCACUCACUGCCAGAGGGACACUGAGGGGCUGCAGCGUGGCCAGAGCUGAGGAAGGGGCUGGAGCACAAGGGUGCUGGGGAGGGGCUGAGGGAAUGGGGGUGUUGAGCCUGGAGGAGGCUGAGGGGAGACAGCAGCACUCUCUGCUGUGGCAGCAGGACUGGAGAAGGACUCAUCCCCUGAGGCUGCACCUCAAGUGUUGUGUUCAGUGUUGGGCAAGGGCAGGUUUAGAUUGGAUAUUAGGAAAAUAUCUCUUCACCAAAGAGUGGUCAAGCCCUGUGCCAGGCUGCCCAGGGCAGUGGGGGAGUGCCCAUCCCUGGAGAGGUCCCAAAGCACUGAGGGACAGGGGUUAGUGGUGGCUGUGGCAGUGCUGGGGCAUGGUUGGAGACAAUGCUUGUAAAAGUCUUUAGCAACCUCAAUGAUUUUGUGAUUCUAGUUGCCAGACAGCUGCCUCUCAGCAACAUUAGUUUUAAGCAAAAAGUUUACUCUUGGUCAGCUCUUGUGGCUGACUUCCACUACUUGAGCUCCUAGUGCUGCUACUGCUGAAUUGAGACUACCCUGUGGGAGACACAAUUAAUCAGGUUUCUUCCUGUAGAAGGGAGGAGGUGGAUGAGCUGAGGAGUAUUGCUUGUCACCUCCUCUCUGUCCUUCACUCCUUUCAGGGGCUUGAAACAGUUUUCCUAAGGAGGGAGCCUAAGUGGCAUUUCAUCCCUCACAGGUCUCACUGUUUGCCCUCUCUCUGCUUUGGUCCCUCUCCCUGUGCUCGGUGGCUGCUGACCAAGGCUGUGUAACUGGCUCCCAUGAAGUGCUUGAGCCUCUCACGUCUCUGCUCUUUGACCCCUCUGUUCACAGCAGCCUUUUCAUUCUAGACUUGAUCUGGAGAGGGAGUUCUCACCUCCAUUGUGUGCAUAACCUCCAAGAGCCUGUCCUCUGAAGCCCACACUGGCCUUGGGGGCUCCCAGGUGCCUCAGGCUGGUGUGACACCAUCACAGACAGGAGGGAGAAGUGGCAGGUGGUUGUUUUUUUUCAAGUCAGGUCUUUUUUUGCUGCUGCAUGUUGUGUGUGUCAUUUGUCCAGUCCAGCUGCAGCGUGGGGAUCAGGUGCUGGCACUGCUGCUCCCACCCAAGUCUGUGACAGUUUGGUGUUGGCUUUAGCCAGCAGCAGAACUGGUUGUUUGAUCAGCAGGUGCUGCCAGUGCCCUGGCCCAGCGGAGGUCCCUCCCUACAGGGGUGUGUGGUUGCUGCCCACUGCUCUCACUCUCCAUCCCAUGAGGCUGCCCAGGUCAGAGGUGGGCUGACACAGCGACUAGGAAGCAUGCAGGUCUCUUACAUCCAUGUCUGCCCAGAUGAUUUACCUUUGAGCACAAAGGCAACUAUUUUGUCACGCUGGUUACUUUAAUGUCAAGCAAAUGCUGCUAAAUCAGGCCCCAGCACAACAACAGGGAGGGGAAAACGAGCCUCUCAGCUCUUCAAGUGCGACCGUCCAAGCUGCUGGUGUCUGGAGCUGCUCCAGGAGGGAAGGAGCAGCAAAGGCCCACGCACACCACGGCCCCCAGUGCCAGAACACCCCUUCCUGGGCAGAGGCACGAGCUGGGAGCUGUGCUGGUGCUGCAGCUGCUGUGUGUGCACACACCAUACACAUACUUCAGGAAGAUCCUGCGAAAGAAUCCUGCAGCUCUUGACUGGACGGGGGUGUAACCAAUGCUGAACUCCAGUUUAGCCCGAAGCAACCAGCGUCCACCUGUGCUGGUGGCUGCUAGGGUGGUUGUUUUUUCUUUUCUUCAGGGUAUCCAGACAAAAGUGAAGAGAGGAGGAGCCUCCAUUCUCAUUGUUGAUCAGAAAUGUAUCUCAUUUUGCUGUACAUUCCUUUUUUAGGACGUGUUAUCUGUUUAAAAAAAACCCAACAAAAACCAGAAAGAAAAAGCAAAAAAAGAAAAAAACAGGAAAAAAAGGAAAAAGAUAAAAACAAACAAAUGUGUAGUGAAAAACAUCUUCUGUAACUUUGGAUUAGGAGGUGACUGAUCUUUUUAAAAGGAGAACUAAGUUAUUUACUUUGUAAAUGUGCUGAUGGCAUGGAUCCAUCUGACUGACCUCAGCAUCCUUCUUUUUUUUUAAGAUUUUGGGGUUUUGUUUCCAAUAUUAAGUUAUUUUAAAUUGUGGUUGAAGCAAUAGAAAAUUGAACUAUGGAUUGUGCAUGACUGUGUCUUGAGUGUAAAAAUAUUGCAGUUUGAAACUUGGACCUAAAGUAUUGCAAAUAAAAGUUAUAAA